AUGUAUACCAGCAUGUCCAUCCAAGGCGUAGUUGAUGAAUUCUGGACCGCUGCGAACCCCUACUCACAAUGCUUGGAGCCUACCACUGAAGAGGAAGCGGAACGACAGGCGCGCUUUGAGUCCAUUGAUUACUAUAAACCGUACCCCACUAUGUAUAUGAACCAUCUUCGCGGAGGGUCUGUCAGGGCCCGCGCCCCAUCUUCACGUAACAGAUACGCCACGACAGAUCCUGCUCAUGCCGCCGCGGUAACAGUAGAAACCCCACUGACACCAGGAGAAGAACAUCUGAAGAAUGGUGUGGAAUCCAAUUCAGUGCAGGGCGCGUGUGAAACGCCCCCCGAGCAGACAUUUGAUGCUGUUACAACGCGCAAAUCUCAUGAUCGCAACGAGGCGUUGAGGUGGGUUCUACACGUCUUCAUUGCAGUUACCGUCGGCGUUGUAGCCAUCAUUGUCUCUUACUCUGUCGAGCUGAUACAGGAUCACCGUGAGCAUCUGCUGGUGAGGUUGAUGAACAAGGGUGGUUUCGGCUGGUGCACACUGGCUCUCUUUAUUGACCUUUGCACAUCGAUUUGGUUUGUUAUGAUUGCGGCAGGUGUUGUGGUUUAUUUCGAGCCGGGCGCUGCAGGUGGUGGUAUACCCGACGUGAUGGCAUACCUGAACGGCGUACACGUACCAAAAGUGAUGACCCUUCGCACCUUUGUGGUAAAGAGCAUAUCGUGUGUGUGCGGUGUUGCUGGUGGACUUCCCGUUGGUCUUGAGGCGCCGCUCAUUCACCUCGGAGCGAUCGUUGGUGCCGGCGUGACUCAAGGGAGGAGCCGUGCGCUGCGCUGCCAAACAAGUCUUUUCCAGGCAUUUCGAAACAACAAGGAUCGAAGGGAUUUUAUCACGGCGGGCGCUGCUUGCGGUGUGAGCGCUGCGUUUGGAGCACCUAUUGGUGGACUUCUCUUUGUGAUGGAAGAAGUGUCGAGUUUCUGGGAUCACAGUGCGAGCGGGCAAAUAUUUCUCGCCACGAUGGUAUGCUUCUCUAUCAUCAGUAUCUUCCGCUCGGUUAUCGAAGACCAAAGGCUUCUGGGAUGGGUCUCUAACGCCGUAUCUGUUUUAUUCGAAGUGAAUUUAAGCAUUCCACUCAAUGUGUAUUCAAUUGCACCAUCGUUUUUCCUUGGCAUCGUCUGUGGUUUGUUUGCGGCACUCUUCACCAAGGUGAACAUUGUGCUGAUUAAGUACCGUCGAAGAUGUAUGCGUCAAUCAUCGAUUCGACGGUUUCUCGAACCAGUCGUUGCAAUAACACUGUACAGCUUAUUAUCGUAUUUCUUCGCCAUGUUAUCGGGCUGCGCACCGUUCCAGGAUAUGGAAGACAGGGGCGACGUAUUGGUGUGGGGCACCGAGAACACCACGAGUCUCUUUACGGCAACAUGUAGCGAAAAUAACACCUUUUCACCCCUCGCGACACUUGUCCUUGGGAGCGAAAGGGACACUAUCCGGCACCUUUUUUCUCGUCAGACAAUAUGGCAGUAUCACCCGGUACAGCUUUUAGUGUUGCUGCUGCUUUACACUAUAUUUGCCUGUUGGUCAAACGGGAUGGCUAUAUCAGGUGGCUUGGUGGUUCCGAGCCUUGUCAUUGGCGCCGCGUUGGGGCGGCUUUUUGGGUUGUUCGUGUGUUUCGUCGGGAUGGGGAACAUCGGCGUGGAGCGCGGUUACAUGGCGUCACUCGCAUGGAUGGAUCCUGGUCUGUUUGCGCUGAUCGGUGCCGGGGCGUUUCUGGCCGGCAUCACGCGCAUGACAAUGUCCAUAUGUGUGAUUAUGAUGGAGCUUUCAUCUGAGUUACAUUACCUACUUCCCACCAUGGUUGCGAUCAUCAUCGCCAAGGCGGUAGCUGGCCUCAUAGCGGAACCACUCUACCACCAGGUAUUACAGCUUGAUUCAGUUCCGUAUUUGAGGGCAUGCUUGAUGCGGCCGGAAUUCGAGCAAUUGACGGCUGCUGAUGUAAUGACGUCACGUGUGAUAAGUUUGCGUCAAAGGGAGAAAACGUCUGUUGUUAUGCAAGCCCUGCAGACGACAACUCAUCACGCUUUCCCUGUGGUGGAAGCUGUGAGGAAGAAGGGAGCCGCAGUGAAGGGAGGUGAGGGAGUAGCGCCUCUGCCUCAGCUAGAGGAAGAAAUGACUGAGUUGGACAAUGAUGAUUACACGAGCUAUAAGUUUGUGGGCUUGGUCACACGGGAAGACCUACGGAUAUAUCUUUCACUUCCGCAAUUGAGCAAAUUGCCGGCUGCGCCUGGGGAAUCACGUGAGCGCAACGGCACAUCCUCUAGGCAACCCACAGCGGGAGUUGUGGAGGUAAACAACGUGUCGUGGAGAGAGUGGAUAGCACACAAAUCAUCGCUCUUCCUCGCCAACGGAGGAUCCAACUGGCUAGAGCCAGCUUCCCCCGUAUUGGAGAGCGAAGAUGAAUGCCGAAGUGGCAGCGCUUUUGUGAGCUCAACUGAGAGGAGUUCUGAGUACUCUCAGAUUAACGAUGCCUGUUUUCCACCAGUUCUUGACAUUUCGCUAAUCGUCAACCGUAGUCCGUGGGUGAUUCCCCCCUUUUUUAACCUGGAGAUGGUCUAUCAAACAUUUCGCAUGAUGGGACUGCGGCACAUGGUGGUUGUAGACGGAGAUACCGUGGUAGGUAUAAUAACGCGGAAGGAUCUUCUCGUUAGGGUUCUGGAUCGACGGUUUGAGGAGCUACAACGUGGUCCUUUCACUAACGGCAACUGUCACGACAGGGUUGCACAACAGCACGGACAAGCAACCGUCACUGCGAUCAACUCUUGUCCUUAA